AGACAGGGAGGGAAUCCGUUCGAGAAAGAGGCAUCCUUUCCUAACACCCCCACCCCAUUCCCGGACGGGGGGGACCGAUGCACUGAGACAGUCCUGCUCCAGGCCCGCGUGGGAAUUCCGCAGGGAAGACUCGGCCGGAACUGCCUCCCUGGCGCGACGGCUGCAGCCAGGAUGCGAGAACUGCCUGUUGCUGCUGCUAGGAGAAGCUUCGCGCAUGCGCGACCGGGCGUCAGAAAGAGCGGGAGAAAGGAGACGGUUGAGGCGCUGGCGAGGGGAAGAAGAUGGCGUCCGACGGUUCAUUCCCGAGCAGAGGUGGGCAGGGAGGAGGAGACUGCGGCGGAAUGGGAUAUGAGGAGAGCUCUUAUUCUGAGGAGAGCACCUUUAGUCAGGAAAGCAUCUAUGUUGAACACAGUUGCUAUGUGGAGGAGACAAGGUACAGGCAGCAGCCCCCCCCUCCAACUGGAUCAUACAGCCAGGCUCCAAGCCAGGAAAGCCAGCAGAUCAGCAGAUAUGGGCAACAAAACCCUGGCAUGAGAGAAGGCAGAGGACGCCUCAUGGAUCGUGGUGGCUUUGGAGGUCACCGAGGAGGACCUGGGGGCCCACCCAGACCGCUUAUGGAGCAAAUGGGAGGCAGAGGCGGCAGACGUGGAGGACCAGGAAAAGUAGACAAGGGAGAGCAUCGCCAGGAGCGCAGAGACAGGCCCUAUUAGGGGCAGCCGACCCCCUUCCCCCUACAGGACUGCAUUUACUACCAGAUUUAUUUUUUAAACCAGAAAAUGUUUUAAAUUUAUAAUUCCAUAUUUAUAGUAUUUUUCACCAUUUGUGGAGAAACAUUAAAACAAAGUUAAAUGGUAGUGUGCCGAGUUAUUUUUUUCCUUUCUUCCUUUUUUUAAAAUAUGGUUGUUUAACUAAAAAAAAAUGAGAAACUGUUGUUGUGAGCAGGAGGAGGAAAACUAACUGUACAUUGUUAAUGGUUGUGAUGUUUUUUAAAUAAAAUUGCAAAUGUUUAUAAA